AUGACGAGCAUCAACGAGAUUCUAAAGAAGUUAGAAAAUGGUUUUGAACAUACUCGGAAGGGCGAAGGUAAAGAUUUAGUGUUAGCUAUUGGUAAUACUGGCGUUGGCAAAAGUACUUUUCUGAACUACAUGCUAGAGCAUAAAAUGUGUCAGGACCAAAAUACUGGAAAUAUAGAUACGGUGCAGCCUGCCACCUUUAAGAUCGGCCAUGAAAUGGAGUCAGAAACUUUAUACGCUACGCCAUUUGUCAGCGAGAUCUAUCCUUGGGUUUAUACAGAUUGUCCCGGAUUUCAAGAUAAUAGAAUAUCAAGUGAUGCUGUCGUAAGUUCUAUUAGUACUGAAUUGGCGGUUCGAAAUGCUCGUCAGCCCAAUGGAUAUGGCGAAUUAUUCCAUCGUGGCUAUAACAAAAGUAGAUUCUCUAGGACUGACAGAAGAGACUACAAAGCAAAGAAUUUUGCAAGCUUUAAAAAAAUCGAAAAGAAUUGUGAUGGAAAUCUAGAAAUACUUAAAAAUAGGUAUGAAAGAAGUAAAUCUCCUUUAGCUGAUGAUUUACAUUCAGCAUCUGCCCCGACACCGGAAGAUUUUGCAUUUAUUAAGGCUUUUGUUGCUGCUAUACUUCAAAAGCAAGAUGAUAUAGUAUUUGUUAAACCCUUAGAUGAAGGCCAGUCCAGAGAAAGAGUUAUCGAACUGAUUAAAGGAAUUAGGCCACAUAAAUCGAAAAAAUUGUAUAAUCAAAUAGUCUCUGCUGUGCGUUCUUUUCCCUCGUCUUUCGGACCCUUGAGCUCUGAUCAUGAUAAAGAUAAGCAAGAGAAAGUUAAACGUCUUACUGUGAAGGAUUUUAACUUUCAAACAUACAGUGAGCAAAGAAUACUUUUUAAUAAGGCUAUUUAUGAUCGCGCACAUGAUGGUAACGAACUAAUAGAAGCUAUCAAGACACAAUCAAAUCAACUUAAGAGUGCUAUUAACACUUGCCAAGAAAGUGAGACUAGAAUUAUGACACUAAAUGAACUUAAAUCAAAUCUUCAACGCUUAUUUUAUGAUUCUGGAGAUUCAACUGGCUCUAUAGAAAACUCAGAGACACUCAUCGCUCGAAAUAGGACUACAAUUAAUUCGCAAUCAGAAGAGAAGCGGACUAUUAAGACACGUAUAGUUACCUUAGAUAGAGAGUUAGCCAAAAUCGACACGGAUGAACUUAAACUAUUUCGUUCAGAGCAGCUAUCUAAAGACUGGUCUUUUUGGAGAGGUUGGUUUAAUAAACUAAACUUUGAGGCUAAAACUGAUAGUGAAUCGAUUCCAAUGGUUAUUGAAAAAGAUCAAGCAAAUGGGGAUUGGUACGAUACCGUCGAUCAACGUAAAAAGGGCUAUUAUAAAACAAUAUAUGCUUCUCAAUGGUUCACUGAAGCUUAUGCUAAAGUAGAUGCUUAUAUUAAAACCAAGCAAGAUACAGGUAAUCAACUACGGAUUAAAGAGAUUAACAAGGAGAUAGAAUCUCUGCAGAAUCAAGAAACAGAAUUACGGGCAAGCUUAAAUGAGCUUAAAGAAGCGAACCAAAUCUUGAUUCAGAGUGUUAAAUCUAUACGAGAUGGGAAACUUAAGGCGGCGAAAGAUCAGGAAAUGAAGAUUACAGAGUGUGAUCAAGAAAUUAAUCGACUUUCUAAUAGAAUUAAAGAAAAUCAAAAUUUAAUAAAAGAAAGUAAAAGUAAAGGUACACAAUUGUUAAAAUCGUUCUUCGAAGGUAGUCCUGAUAACGCUAGAGUACCUGUGAAAUUUCAAGUUAUUAAAGAAGUCGCUGAGUUAUUAGACUUUCCCUCUCCUUUAGUACAGACUUGCUUGGCAUUCAGGAAAUGUCGAAUUUGUUGUUUAAUUUUUCGAGAAAUAAGUAAAAAAUGA